UGUGUCUGGAGCACAAACAAGUUGAAAGUCCCAUUGAAGCUGGUUUAUCAAACUCAGCAGGACUGUUGGGAAACAGGGCUGUGUCCACGGCGUGCCAACAUUGCUGGAUCCCACCAGUGUCAUUGCUGAACUUUUUCUCCUUCAUCCGAACCUGAAGAACAAGGUGAACAGAGUGAACAUUGCUGGAGGAGGAAAUGUCAGACCACAGCGAGCAGGACUGUAACCUGGAGGACAUUGAGGAGGAUGAGAUCCUGGCGAGCCUCUCUCCGGAGGAGCUCCAGCAGCUCCAGAGGGAGAUGGAGGUUCUGGCCCCAGACGAGGAGGUGCCAGUUGGGAUGAGGCAGAAAGACCAGACAGAGAAACCCCCCUCUGGCUCCUAUGACCACAGGUCUCUGGUGGAUUAUUUGUACUGGGAGAGAGAGUCUAAGCGCAUGCUAGAGGAGGAGAGGGUUCCCACAACCCUUUUACCCAGUCAGAGAAAAAUACAAGAGGAAAUUGAUUAUGAUGGUAGAAAGCCGGAAGAGGAGCUUGUGCAAGAAGAAAUGGAGGAAGAAGUGGCAGAAGAGGAGGCGGAAGAGGUAGAGGUAGACAAGAAGGUGGAAGAAGAAGAACCUAUCAAGAUGGAUAAAAACUGUGCCCCUGAAUGUCCAUCAACAUCUUCAGAGCAGAUUCUUCCUGCCACUAUUCCUGUCCAGGAAGUAUUGCUUCCCCCACCAGAUUUUGCAGAUGUACCAGAGGAGCAGGAGGGGAAGGGUCUGGAUCAAAAUGACACAGUACCGCAAGAAAAUGGUGAUAUGCAUACAAGCAUUGCUCAAUCUGAUAUGGCAACUGCACAUCCUGAAUUGGCUCCCAAGGACCUGAUAAAAGGGGAGAUCCAAAAACAAGAUACAGAGAAAGAGGGGACAAAAAUAACUCCGUUAAAAAUUCCAAAAAAGUUGGCUCUUGGCAACAACUUGAUCAAGUUGACAGCGAGGCCGUCUGGCAAUGAGACAAACUUGGAUAGCACCUUGGGAAAGAUCCGGAACAACAACCCCGCCGUCAAGGACGUCAACCUGAACAACAUAGAGAACAUUCCCAAGGAAAUGCUGGUCGACUACGUCAAUGCCCUGAAGAAGAACAAGCACGUAACAACUUUCAGCAUUGCCAACACUGGUGCCGACGAGAACAUUGCUUUCACGCUAGCUAACAUGCUGAGGGAGAAUCGAAGUAUUACCACCCUGAACAUCGAGUCAAAUUUUAUCACAGGGAAAGGCAUCAUCGCCAUCCUGCGCUGCCUACAGUUCAAUGAGACCCUGAGCGAGCUGCGUUUCCACAACCAGCGACACAUGCUGGGUCACCACGCUGAGAUGGAGGUCGCCCGCCUGCUGAAGGCCAACAACACACUCCUGAAGAUAGGCUACCAUUUUGAGGUGCCGGGACCCAGGAUGGUGGUGACGAACCUGCUGACCAGGAACCUGGACCGACAGAGGCAGCAGAGGCAUGAGGAGCAGAAGCAGCAGCAGCUGAAGGAACAGAGAGAGCUGAUGGAGAUGUACGCCAACUCACUCAACCUUCCAAAGGGAUUGCUGGAGAUGUUGGGAGGGUAUCUGCCACCCAUGGCGUUUGCACCCCAUAAUGCUGGGGAGUCUCCUAAGCAGAGUGCUUCUUCUGCAUCGCCCCCACAACACUACGUGCAGCCAAAGCCUCCCAAACCUUCAAGCCCUCCCGAACCUUCAAGCCCUCAAGAACCUUCAAGCCCUUUUGAGGGCAUCCAGCUGAAGAAGACCCCCAGGCGUAAAAACCCACUCCUGGAUCUGAGCCCCAGGAUGGAGAGAAGAGAGGACAUGGAGAACGUGCAGCUGAGGCAAACGGCAAAGCAAAGAGCACCUGCGGCCGGAGGCCCUUUGGACGAGAGAGCAAACCUGAAGGACGUGAUCAAGACUCUGAAGCCAGUGCCCCGCCGGCGACAGCCGCCCAAGGUGGACCUCACACCGAGAGACCAGCUGCUCAGCCAGAUCCGGCACAGCAACAUCGCCUACCUGAAAGCCGUACCACUUCCCAAAGAACUGGAAUCCAGCGAAACAGAUCUCUUCUGAAGAAUCGGCAUUGAACAUUAAGUGACUAACACCAAGGCCUGAAGUAUUAGCUGAAGAAUAAGUAAAUCCCCUCUGACGCAGCAGCAAUAAGUAAAUCCCCUGUGACUACCUUGCUGAAUAAUGAGGAAAUUAUAGUACAGUACCUGCACACUCUAAAACAUGCUGGUUUGAAAAUAACCCAAAUUGGGUAGUUUCUGACCCAACUGCUGAGUAAAUAGGACCACCUUUAACCCAACCAUUUAACCCAAAACAUUGGAUUAUAUUAACUACACCCAUAUGUAAAAUACAUGUUUAGUAUGUUUUGCUAAAUGAAAUGUAAUGAAACAUUAAUUUGUGUAUGGCCCAUUUUAUAUAGUGACAUAUGAGAAAGGUUUGUUAUAUUAUGUCUGUAUGACAUAUACAAUUCUUAUGACCUUAUAAUUGUGAAGUGCCUUAUAUGUUACUUGUGAAUUUGUGUCACAUUUAUACAAUCAGUGACCACUUUAUUAGGUAGACCUGUACACCAGCUUGUGAAUGCAAAUAUUUAUUCAUGUGGUAGCAAGUAAACGCAUAAAAGCAUGCGGAUGUGGUCAAGAGGUUCAGUUGUUUUUCAGACAAAAUGUCAGAAUGGGGAAGAAAUGUGAUGUAACUUACUGUCACCAUAGAAUGAUUGUUGGGGCCAGACAGGGUGGUUUGAGUAUCUCAGAUACUGCUGAUCUCCUUGGAUUUCGCAAAGAAUGGUGCGAACAACAAAAAAUAUCCAGUGAGUGGCAGUUCUGUGGGCAGAAACACAUUGUUAAUGAGAGAGGUCAGACUGGUCUUUGGAAGGUGUUACGCAUUGGAAUAGUGGUAUGCAGAAGAGUAUCUCUGAGCACACGAUGCAUCAGACCACUAAGUGGAUAGGCUACAGCAGUAGCUGUACAAAAAUAAGUCUAAUAAAUAUCUAAUAAAGUGCUCACUGAGUGUAUAUGCCAGUUCUAUAACACCUAUGUAUUUAAAGUAUAUAUAUAUUGUGUAUAUUCCUGUAUGUUCUUCUUUUUGUUUACACAUUUUGCACAUGGGUACAUAUAAAAGGUACCAAAAUCAUGCAAAAAUAAAUGUUUUCUAUUUAGUAAAUCAUACUAAUCAGCAUAUAUCAUUUUUACAAUAAACAAGAAAAUGUUAUAUCAAAAUAUAUAGUUUAUUCAAGUUAUCCCAUAAGGACAAAAACGUUAAAUUGAUUUCCUCCAGGUACAUGUUGCUGGAUUCAAGCAUAUUUGCUAAUGCUUAACAUCUUGAGGGUAUUUUGACCAGUUAGCUGCUGAAAGGUAAUACAAAAAAGCAGGCAUGUAAAUCAAUAAAAUUUAUUCAAUUCCAGAAUCAAAUUAACCUUUCAUGUAGUUCAUUUCCAUAUUAAAAGGAGGGUCCUUUUUAGCAUCAUUAGGUCUGCUGGUUGACUUUUAUUAUGUAUUUUACAGAAAACACUCUACAUGGUCAUGUAAUAUAAUGACACACUUACUGAUUAUCUACUGAAUAUUAUUAUCUCUGUAGCAUUCAAUUCAUUGCAAGUAAUGUAGCCAAGUUAGAGGUGGUGGACUUCAUAGCCUACAUUCAUAAGCUGCAUGCUAAUUAACAUAAAACAUUCACACACUUGAGAACCUUGUUGUUGUUACAGAGGAUGAUAUUAGGAAUACAUUUCGGGUGAAUUGAAAUACAAAACUUUUUUCUUUUUAAAAUGAAUUCCGCCACCAAGAGGGGCUUGGGCGGUCAGCUCAUUUUAUUAUUUAACACAUUCUCUUCCUGCCUUUUUAUAUACAUACACACAUGUUUAGAGAGGGGGAACAAAAAAAAAAAGAACUUUAAAAAAAUAUUGUAUGUGCUCCCUCUCCUUCAACACGAUUGAGGUGGAGGUGAAAUAAAUGACAGUUAACAGUAAACCCUGCUGGUUAACUGAUCAACGGUUAACAGUAAACCCUGCUGGUUAACUGAGUGACGGUUAACAGUAAACCCUGCUGGUUAACUGAGCGAAGGGUAACCAGCAGGGAUCCCCUUUUAUCAACAGCAUAUCGGUUUACCUGCAACCAGUGACCAGCAGCUACUUCCUCACUCUGUACUUGCUUCCUGGGUUCAAAUCAUUGGAUUAAAAUGAUUGAAAAAAAACUUGAAUCACAAAAGCACAUUGUUUACAUUAUAGGUCUACUAUUUGACAUGGUUAAAAAUACUACAUUUGUAAUUGUGAUCAAAUGUAUACUUAAAGAUAUUUUGGUUUCCAUAGCUAUAUUUCACAAUUUGCUGCUUAACUUGCUGCCUUGAACUUUAUAUAUACUAUAGUUAUAGCCCAUCUGGUAAUUACAUGAUGCCUUGGGAACUAUGAGAAUCAAUGACUAUGCGAUGGAGAGUGCAUGCUAUGGUUAUGCAUGUGAAUAGACAGGCAGGAUAAAGGUAUUUUUGGCAGCUGCACUGGCUGACUCAGCCUUUGUGGUUAAACCAAAUAACCCAAAAGCCAUUGCAACACAGAAUACUUACCCAGCGGAUUUAACCCAGCAUUUGGUUUGACAAAAAAACAGCAUAUGGCAUGUUAGUGUGCAAUAGUUGAAGAAUGAGCAAAUGACCUGUAACCCAGCACCUGCCAUAUCUGAAGAUGAAGUAAAAUCCCCUGUGCUUGGCAAGAGACCUGAAGGAGCACCAUACAAAUAUCAGCAGGGCCAUCGGUCACUCUCCGGUCCUAGAGGGGAUAACAGCUGUUUCAAAUUAAUCUUUAGUGGAGCACCUGUUUCAUCUUUAGUGCAGCUUAUUUAAAGUAGUUCUUACAAAUCUUUGAAGUGACUUUCAUUGGUUUUACAUUUUUCAAAUCCUAAAGCUUUGUCCGCCCCCAAUAAAAAGCUAUACUUGAACAGAUAACCAAAAAGAAUCCUAAGGGAAGCGUUGCUUUAGUAACAGUAACAGACAGUAAAACUGCUGGCCGGUUUGGGUUCAGCGCCUUUCAGAGUGCCAUUGGAUGUUCAUAGUGUGGAGAUGUUCAUAGUGUGGAGAUGUUCAUAGUGUGGAGAUGUUCAUAGUGUGGAGAUGUUCAUAGUGUGGAGAUGGCUGCAGUAGGAAAAAGACUGGGUGCCCUAUAGGAAGAGAACUUACCGGCUGGUGCAUACUUGACUUACACACUUUAAUUCAACUGUUCCCAUAGAAAUGAUGUUGGAUGUAUGUUGCUCUUUAUUGGAACAUUAGAACAUUUGCAUAAAUGACUAUUUUAACCAAAUACAAAUACCCUGAAAGAGAGCAGUCAAAAGAUCUAAUGCCCUAAUCCCAGUGGCUCCCAAACUCCUGUCCUGGGCCUGUACGCCUGUUUUCCUUCCAAACAUAGUUGCAAACUUUUAGGAGUUUUCAGAGUUUUUAAGCAAUUGAAAUACAGCCUUUCUUUUCUUUUUUUGUUUUAUGACUAAUAAAACAAAAACUUUUUUUUAAUAACUAAAAUUAGAUUUUAAAUGACAGACAGGCCUGGAGUAAUCAACAUUUGCACUUAGCUUUGACUUCCAGUGAACAUUGCACUUUUGGUCACUUUUAGUCAUUGCGUUUCAUUGUUAGUCAAAGGUUAAGGAGAAAUGUUGAUUAAAUAUCAAGACUACUUUCGGUCUGAACCAAAAAAAAAAACAUGAGUUGAACAUCAGUUCAACAAGAAAGCAAAAGUGAAUUGUGUUAAAAAAAUUUAAAUACUCUGGUAGGAAUAGGGUCCACAGGACUGAGUUUGGGAACCACAGACUUCACCUGGUCCACAAGGUCAAAUGUACAGUACAGUUACAGGCUGACUGGCCAAUUGAACAUGGUGUAAAACUGCCAGCCACAUUCCCUAUUACACCUUAUCAAGAUCCGGAUUAGAAAAGACAUUCAGUGCAUUCAGAAAGUUCUCAAACCCAUUAAUUAUUUUUUGUUUUAUUUUAAAGUUAUAAAAUAUAUUUGAAUGUGAUGUGCUUAGAAGUAACUAUACAUAAUGAAAAAAUUAAAAACCUAAAUUCCACCAGUUGUCCUCCAUUUUCUUCAGACAUUUUCUUCAAAGACACAUCCUAUUACCCCUUUCUCUCUGGAAUCUCCCUGUCAGUUGUUCUUGCUGAUUCCAGAAGUACUGUAUGUCAAGGACUCCAAAAGCCACUUUGAGGGAUGUACCACAUUGUUAAAGGCAUGAAUUAUUUUGAUGUGAAUGUCUUCACUCUUCAUGUUUUAUAAUCAAUACUGAGAAAACUGGUCAAAUGUUUUGUUAUAUUGAUUAAAUUCAUACUGAAAUUGAA